AUGAAAUAUAAAAAUUACAAUACUUGUGACGUUUUAGAGAAUUUUGAUAAGAAACUGAAUAAAAAUUAUAAAGUUUUUAAUGAAGAUGAAAUAAAAAAGUUACAAGAUGAAUAUGAAUGUAGGAAUAAGAAAAAAGAGCAAUUUAAAAUAAAAAAAAAGUUAAGCAAAGAAAAGUUAAAACAUGAGGAAAAAAAAAAGAAGCAGAAAAAAAUUAAAAUUGACAAAACAAAUAACAUAUGUUCUGUAGAAAAAAAAAAUACAGAAAAUGAGAGCGAAUUAGUUUUUGAUAAUUCAAAUACAGCUAAUGAAAAGAACGAAAAUAAGGAAAUUUUAAGUUUUGAUGAGUUAAAUAUAUGUGAAGAAAUAUUGCAAAGUAUAAAUGAAAUUGGUUGGAAAAAACCGACACUAAUUCAACAAAAAAUAUUACCUUAUGCUUUUCAAAAAAGAGAUAUAAUUGGUUUGAGUGAAACUGGAAGUGGAAAAACCGCUUGUUUUAUUAUACCUAUAUUACAAGAUUUAAAAAAUAAGAAACAUAGUUUUUUUGCUUUGGUUAUUUCACCAACAAGAGAAUUAUGCAUACAAAUAGCUCAACACUUUCAUGCUUUAGGAUCUAAUUUACUAAUAAAUAUAUGCACAAUAUUUGGAGGAGUAGAUAUUGUUACACAAUCAUUAAACUUAGCGAAAAAACCAAAUAUUAUUAUUAGUACUCCUGGUAGAAUAUUAGAUCAUUUAAAUAAUACUAAAGGAUUUAAUUUAAAAAACUUAAAAUACUUAGUUUUUGAUGAAGCCGAUAAAUUAUUAUCAUUAGAUUUUGAAUCAACAAUAAAUAAAUUAUUAUUAAUUUUACCAGAAAAUAGAAUUACAUUUUUGUUUUCAGCUACCAUGACAAAAAAUGUUGCCAAAUUAAAAAAAGCUUCUCUAAAAAAUCCAAUAAAAGUUGAAGUAUCAAAUAAAUAUAGUACAGUCAGCACAUUAAUAGAAAAUUAUAUUUUUAUCCCAUAUAAAUAUAAGUACACAUAUCUUUGUAGUUUAUGCUUCCAUUUUUCAAGUAGAAACAUAAUUAUAUUUACUAAUACAUGUGCUUCUGCUCAAAAACUAAACUUCUUUUGUAGAAAUCUAGGAUUAAAAUCAAUAUGCUUACAUGGAAAAUUAACUCAAAACCAAAGAUUAAGCAGUUUAAAUUCAUUUAAAGCAAAUAAAUAUAAUAUUUUAAUAUCAACACAAGUUGGAGCAAGAGGAUUAGAUUUAAAAGAUAUAAAAAUUGUUAUAAAUUUUGAUUUAUGUUCCUGUAAGGAAUAUAUCCAUAGAGUUGGAAGAACAGCAAGAGCAGGAAAAACUGGAAAAUCAAUUACCUUUGUUACACAAUAUGAUGUAGAGAACUUUUUAAGUAUAGAAAAACAAUUAAAUAAAAAAAUUGAAAAAUUUGCUGAUUUAGAUGAAACAGAUGUUUUAUUAUAUCAUGAGCAAUCAUUGGAAGCACUUAGAUUAUCAGAAAUCGAAAUGAAAGAAAAUCAAGAUUUAUAUAAAAAAAAAAAGUACAAAAAAAAAAAGUAA